CAUUCCUUCAAGGACUCCUGCAGGCAUCCAGCGGCAGACGAUGACGGCCCUGAAGACAGCAGCCCUGAUCCUCGGUCUCUUGGCCGCCAUGGCAGGGGCCCAGGAACAGGUCAGCACAGAGCAGGUGGCCAACGCGUUCUGGACCUACGUCACCCAGCUGGGCAGCAGCGCCAAGGAGUCCAUGGAUCAGCUCCAGCAGUCGGAGGUCAGCCAGCAGCUCAGCACCCUCUUCCAGGGUCACUUCCAGGCCGCCAGCUCCUAUGCUGACGAGGUGCAGACGAAGCUGCUUCCCUUUGCCACCAAUAUCGCUGCCCAGCUGGGGGCGUAUUCUGAGCAGCUGAAGGAGCAAGUCCAGCGGGACUUUGAGGAGGUCCGAGCUAAGCUGUCCCCUCAUGCCACCGAGGUCCAGCAGCAGAUCAGCGCGGUCAUCCAGAGCAUGCAGGAGGCACACGCCCAGGUGAACGAGAACGUGGCAGAGCUGAGCAAGCAGGCGGAGGCCAAGUUCCAGGAGCUGCAGGCCCAGCUGCAGGAGAAGACGGGCAGCCUUUCCCCCUAUGCUGAGCAGCUGCAGCAGCUGUUCAACCAGAAGGUGGAGGAGAUCCAGGGGAAACUGGACCCUUUGACCCAGGAGCUCAAGGCCAUGGUGGACCAGAAGGUGCAGGAGCUGCACACCAGCCUGUCUCCCUACACCCAGGACGUGCAAGACCAGUUGAACCGCCGGCUGGAGGGGCUCUCCUUCCAGAUGAAGAAGGUCAUCCAGGAGCGGCAAGCCAAGUUCUUGGAGGCAGCCGAGGAGCUGAAGGUGAACCUGAGCCCUCUGCUGCAGGAGCUGCAGGAGAGGGUUCGGCAGAACACGGCUGGCCUGGCCGACUCCAUGGAUCCCCACAUCACCAGCCUGAAGGAGAAGAUCAGCCAGCAGGUCCAAGAGUUCCAACAGUACACUGGGUCCUACGAGGAGACCGUCAAGCAGCUCCUGGCGCAGACGGUGGAGCAGUUCAAGCAGAACCUGGGGCCCCAUGCUGAGAACGUAGAGGGCCACCUGAGCCUCCUGGAGAAGGACGUGACGGACAGGUUCACCAACUUCUUGGACUCCCUCAAGAAGAUUGGGAACGAAGGAGGCCCCUUACCCUCCGCAUAACAUCCAUAAUAGUCGAGCACCACCACGUCAGUGUUCCUUGCUCUUGGAAUCUCCGUGUCCUCUGCCAUCCCCAGGACAUGAAUGAGAAACAACCCAGGGCCCUACAGCACAACCCGGGGCCCCACAGCCUAGCCUCAAGGGGGGGGGGAGUCCCAAGUGCCUGCCUGUUGUUUGGGGCGAGGCUGGGUGCCUUUCUGGGACUCCACCUGUCUGCCCA